AUGUCCCUCCCCCCGGGCUCCAAAGGAAAGAAACGCGCGGUCGAGGAGGACGAUGUGCCCUCGAGCUCGGCAUCUACAUCCACCACGCCCGAACCGGAGAAGUCUGCUCGCGCUCUCGAGAAACAACCCGCCCCCGGACCAGCGAAGAAAUCCAAGCGCGCCGAGAUCCGCCACUGUCCCGUUUGCGACGAGCCCAUACCCAUCCGUCUGCUGGGAAAGCACGCGCAGCUGGAGAACGAGAGGCUGGAUGCGAUCAUAGGCAGCAUAGGCAGCAUGGAGGUGCUCGACGAGGCCGAGCCCGACGACGGGUUCACGGCGCGCACCCGCCGGUCCGCGCUGAAGGCGCGGCAGCACCUCCGCCCCGGCUCGUCGUCGUCGUCCGCACACCCCGCGCUCUCCUGGGCGGACGCGGCGUCGCUAGAGCGCACGGAGAAGACGCUGCGCGCGGUGAAGCGGAGCCGGAAGCAGCGGCACGCGCGCCUCCGCGAGCUCGCGCGCGAGGACGACGACGGCUGGGGCGCGGGGGUGGGGGCGGGGUGGUUCGAGGCGGGGGUGGCGGGGACGGCGUGUCCGGUGUGCGGCGUGGUCGUGCGCGGGGACGCGGACGUCGUGGAGGCGCACGUGGACGCGUGUCUCGCGCAUGCGCGGCUGGUGGGCGAGAUGGACGUCGACGCGGAGGAGGGCGGGGUGAGGGGGGCCAUGGAAGGCGUGAGCUUUCGAGGGACGGGCUUCGACGUGCGGAAUCGGGAGGAGCGGGACGUAGAGGACGAGGUGGACGUGGACGGUGAGGACGAGGCGACGUUCGGGGCUGCGCAGUUCUCGGAGCGGGACGUCCUCGCGCCGCCACUGGGCCCGGCGGAUUCGCGCUCGGAGGCAGACACGGACGCGGACAUCGACGUGGACGACGCGAACGGAUCCGGGGAGGGCCCUUCGGGCAGCCGCACUGAGAGGGAGCCCAAGCAGGGAAAGAGCCUGCGGGACCUCGUCGCAGAAGGAAAAGUCAUCCGCCCAACGGAGAACACGGAACAGACGGUGGAGGUCAUGGGCUUGGCAGAGACAGACGAAGUGGACCUUGCGAUAGAACUGGCGCGGCGUUCGGAGGAUUCAGCUGCCCUCGUGCGCGCUCUGGAAAGCAAGGUCCGCCUUCUAGAAUCUGCCAAAGUUUCAUCGUCCACAUCCCUCCUCUGCCGCAUAUGCCUCGACCCUUAUAACGACCCGACGGUCUCCACGGGUUGCUGGCAUACUUGCUGUCGGGAGUGCUGGCUGCGCUGUCUUGGGUCUACAAAGUUGUGUCCCAUCUGCAAGCGCAUCACGGGGGCCACCGACUUGAGGAGGGUGUACUUGUGA